CGAACCCCCGGAGGGUGAGGGCAGGCUGCGGCCGGGGCGAGGGGACGAGCAUCCCUCCGGGUGUCGCUCGGGUUAACUGAAUGCUACAAAGCUUCGCAGGUGUUUUGGGGUGGGAGCGUUUGCAUUGCAUUAUUUUGGGAUUGCUCCUCAGUGCCUAGGUUUGAGGCUGGGAAUUCUCCUUGCUGAGCUUUCACGGGGUGGGAGGUUUUACUCCGGUAUGUGUUGAAGAGUCUCCUGCAGGUCUCCUGCUAUUGUGUCUUUAUUACUCGUGGUGUCCCAAGUUUGCACUGGGGAAUGUGACUGUAGCCAUUCUGCUUUCCCUGCACACCAGGAGAGGAGGUAUCCGGUAACCUGGGUCUGACCCACUGAGAGCUUUCAAGAUGAACACGGUGACCUUGAAGUGCAUCUUGUAUUUACCGAGGAACCAGUGUGCUCUGUGAAGCGGUGGAGUGACAUUGCCACUCUGUCAGUGUUACCGAACUAUUUGCAUGCCAAGUUCAAGACCCUCUGUGUGUGUUUCGAGAAAUGAAAGGCUGUGAAUAGCAAAUCCAGAAUUUCUAAGGCUGAUGGUGCCCUUGCAUGCCUAUGAGAAGAAUAUCUCCCUGAGGAGACUUUAAGCUGCAGCUGCUGGGAGCUGAGCCUGCUCCCUAAGCAGGGUUGGCUACAGCAGUGGCAGGCAAUGAAGGAGGAGAUGUGUCUUCAAGGAACGAUUCAGAACCUUGCGAGCUCCUGCUGUCAGACCUACCCUAACAGCCUAUGACUUGUUUUUCAUUGCUGUUUCAAGUUCAGCAGGAGAUAAAUGGCUCAUUUAAAUUGGGAGCUACUAAAAUACUCUCUGGCUGGCAAAUGCAGUGCCUAGCAGCAGUCAUCAAGGACGAACCAAACAUGAGUGGAGGAGGGGAGCAGGUCGACAUUCUUCCGGCCAAUUACGUGGUGAAAGAUCGCUGGAAAGUGUUGAAGAAGAUUGGUGGCGGUGGCUUUGGGGAGAUCUAUGAGGCAAUGGAUCUGCUGACCCGUGAGAAUGUGGCCUUGAAGGUGGAAUCAGCCCAGCAGCCCAAGCAAGUUCUCAAGAUGGAAGUGGCCGUCCUGAAAAAGCUGCAAGGGAAAGAUCAUGUUUGCAGAUUUAUUGGCUGUGGAAGGAAUGAAAAAUUUAAUUACGUGGUCAUGCAGCUUCAGGGCCGGAAUCUGGCAGAUCUCAGGAGGAGUCAGCCUCGAGGGACUUUCACGCUGAGCACCACGCUGCGAUUAGGCAAACAGAUUCUGGAAUCAAUAGAAGCCAUUCACUCUGUGGGAUUCCUGCAUCGUGACAUCAAGCCUUCCAAUUUUGCCAUGGGCCGCUUGCCUUCAACGUACAGGAAGUGCUACAUGUUAGACUUUGGUCUGGCCCGUCAGUAUACCAACACCACUGGUGAAGUCCGGCCACCCCGCAACGUUGCUGGUUUUCGAGGAACGGUUCGCUACGCUUCUGUGAACGCACACAAAAACCGAGAGAUGGGUAGACAUGAUGAUCUGUGGUCCCUCUUUUACAUGUUGGUGGAGUUUGCGGUUGGUCAGCUUCCAUGGCGGAAGAUCAAAGAUAAGGAGCAGGUUGGCAUGAUAAAAGAGAAGUAUGAACACCGAAUGCUGCUAAAACACAUGCCUUCAGAAUUCCACCUUUUUCUUGAUCACAUUGCAAGCCUAGACUACUUCACCAAGCCAGACUAUCAGCUAAUCAUGUCCGUUUUCGAGAACAGCAUGAAAGAAAGAGGUAUCACUGAAAAUGAAGCCUUUGACUGGGAGAAGGCUGGUACAGAUGUCUUGUUGUCCACUAGCACCUCUACUCCACCCCAGCAAAACACCAGGCAAACAGCAGCCAUGUUUGGGGUGGUUAAUGUCACUCCGGUGCCUGGGGACUUGCUUCGUGAGAACACUGAGGAUGUCCUGCAGGGUGAACAUCUGAGCGACCAAGAGAAUGCUCCUCCCAUCCUGUCCGGCCGGCCAGUGGAAGGUCUUGGUCAGGCUCCAAACACCGCGUUCAAUGAGGGGGAAAUUUGGGAAGAGACAGAUGUGAAUCGCAACAAACUCAGGAUCAGCAUCAGCAAAACUCAGUGCAUGGUGGAAGAGGAGCAGAGGAACGGUGUCUGCCCCAGCUCCCCUGUCCGAGUGCCUCCGGAGUCCCCCACCGCCCAAGCGCGCUCCCUGCGGUACCGCCGUGUGAACAGCCCGGAGUCAGAACGCCUCUCCACUGCUGAUGGCAAAGCAGAUCCACAUGAAAGAAGAUCUCGAAUGGAUUUACCUGGCUCUCCAUCACGGCUUGUGUGCUCCUCCCAGCCAGCCCAGAUGCUGUCCAUUGAUACUGGCCAGGCUGACCGGCAGGCAAGUGGUCGGAUGGAUGUGUCUGCUUCAGUGGAACACGAAGCCCUCAGCAAUGCUUUCCGCUCAGUGCCACUUGCAGAGGAGGAGGACUUUGAUAGCAAGGAGUGGGUUAUCAUUGAUAAAGAGACAGAGCUGAAAGACUUCCACCCAGGUGCUGAGCCAAGCACCUCUGGGACCACGGAUGAGGAGCCCGAGGAACUAAGACCAAUUGAAGAUGGUGAGGAGAGAAGGCGCCUGGGGGCAGAUGCUGCUGUCAGGCCGAAGACGCACGAUGGGCGAACUCGGGGUAUGCAGCCUGUGACUGAGGAGGACAGUUCCCACAGACAUGAAGGACCUUCUCAAACAGUAUCUGACAGUAAACACGAACAGCAGACAGGAAGUCCAGCCCACUCCCCCCUACAUUCAGCACCAGCUAUCCGACAAAGGAGACGAGAAUCCGAACCUACUGGUCCUCAGAGACAGGCUCUUAUGCUGAAGUCAUUUGAAAUGAAUGGUCUGCCCAAGGCGGUGCCUUUAAGUUUGCCUUAUCAAGACUUCAGAAAAGAUGUGUGCAACUACUGGGAAAAGCCUAAGGUAUCCCAGCGGAUAAAGAGAGUUGAUUUCUCAAAUGUUGUCUUGACCGCUCCUUGCAAACCUCUGGAACCUUAUCUGGAAAUUAAUGGAAAAGAGGAGGAUGAGGAAGAUGAGGAGGAAGAAGAUGAGGAGGAAGAAGAUGAGGAGGAGGAGGAGGUGGAAGAGGAAGGGGAUGAGAUUGACAUGCACAGCGGUUCCAGCAGCGACCUGAGUCAGAAAAGCACGGAGCGCAGCCAGGAGUGUGCCCCAUCCACGCUCCUGGCUGAUGACCAGAAGGGAUCCAGGGGUCGAGCGUCCACUGCUGACGGGGACCUGGAGCUGGAGGAAGGCUCAAAAACACUAGUGCUGUUUUCACCAGGUGAUCUGAAGAAAUCGCCGGUGACCACAGACUUGCCUCCAGAAGUUGAUCUGGGCACUCUUGCUGCACUGACACCUCAGAGCGAGCGGCCACAGCCUAUGGGGAGCCAACUGGAUGUAUCUGAGCCAGGGACCCUGUCCUCAGUCCUUAAAUCUGAACCAAAGCCUCCCGUGGCAGUGGCUACAGCUUCCUCCCCCUUUACCAAAGUAGAGCGCACAUUUGUUCACAUCGCUGAGAAGACCCACCUAAAUGUCAUGUCUUCCAGCGGCCAGCUGAUGAGGCAUGAGGAGUACUGCCCUCCAGGCCAGUUUGAGGAGGUCAUCAUUGAGGAAGAGCUGGAGGACAACCUGGUGCUGGUAGAGAACGGGAGCAUACAUUCGGGGCUGGAAGCGGCAGAGACGGAGAGCUGCGCGCUCUCAGCUAACCCUAUCGAAACCACCUCAGAGACAGUGGGGGAGCAGUUGGCCCUUCCCAGUGUAGCAAAGCCUCCUGAGGACAAGGCAGAGCUCUCUGAUAAAGUGGUGCUCCCGGUGGAUGUGGAAGAGCCUGGCAAGAUGGGUACAAGGGAGCCUGACCUGGAGAAGUCAGCACCGGUGGCAGAGCCCCUUAAGCGAGCAGAGACCCUCCUCGACACACCGCAGCAGGGCCCCAGGAGACCUCUGGGCUCCAGGUACAGAAGUCGGAUACCCAUCUUGUUCUCCGAGGAGGACACUGGCUCAGACCUUUCAACUUCACUCUCAGCCAAAGAGAGGCUUUAUAAGAGAGCAAAGCAACCUGACCUGGCUCGCCUAGUGAUGGAGAAGAGGCAAAGCCGCCUCCUCCGGCUGGCCUCGGGCGCCUCCUCCUCAGCAUCCUCCAGCGAUGAGAGGCGACGGGCCUCAGAAACGCUCUCAGCCACUGGCUCCGAGGAGGACACCCAUGACUCGGAUGACUCCAUCCCAAGGAAGGCAGGGAAGGAGAGGGCUGCCCUCCUGGGGAAAGAAGAGAGACCCACAAGCACAAAGAGCAGGAUUCCUCGGCCCAUCACCCCAGUGAAGGCACUGCUGGAGACAGCCAAGGCUGAGAGCUCCAUGGCUGCCACAACAGCGGCGCUGUGCAGCUCCCCGCAGGAUGCGGCUGUUGCCCACAGGCUCCAGGCACAGAGACCCGCUGGGAGCAUCCCAAACGAGUGCCGGACAGCGCAGAUACAAAGCCGGCUCCCUCCUUCGCCGAGCUCCACGUCCCUUCCCGCUCGGAGCAGCUUGCGGAGGUCCAGCUGUGCAUCCCCUCGGAGCCCAGUCCUUCCUUCCAGAAACCCCAGUGCUUCCCCCAGAAGCCAGCUGCCCCCUCGGGGGGAAAGUCCUUCUCCCUGCUGGCAGCAUAAGGCAGGGACUGCUGCUCCUCAGCGAGUUCCUCCUUCCCCCCGACCCCAGCCCCCAGCUCAGGCCCUGGGGCCGACAGGAGAUUCCCUGCCCUCUCCUGGCGUGGCCAAAAAACGACAGAGAGGAAAAACCCAGACUCAGAGUCCAGCAACCAAAGGAAAGCAGGUGUCCCUGGAAAGCAAGGCAGCUGCCAGAUAAUGAUCUUCUUCUGCCAGCCCAACAGACUGGGUAACUUCUGCAUAUAGUAUACACUUGAGAUGCUGCAGCACAGCCUUCCACGCUGGACCCACAAGUGUAUAGCAGUAGCUGUUCUUCAAAGCUUCACUCACUCUCACCCCACACUGUCGCGAUCAGCUCCCACAGGCCUGAGAGCCUCCGAGCCACGGAGCCUUCUUCAAGGGAGACCCCAGCCCGCAGCUCACGCUUGCUAACGCACAGCACCAAGCAGUGACCCAGGCAGCCUGCCCAGUGCCUGUCCCUCCGCCCUCCCCUCUCCCCGAUAGCAAUACCAGUUGCCAACGCCAAGCCUGGCUGUAGAAAGAGGUGCAGAGGUGAGGAGAGCAAGGCCUGCUGGAGAGGAAGCUCCUGUCCUGCAGGCAGCUCCCUCCUCUCUCCUUGCUGGGAAAAUGCCAGCCUUGGCCACCACCAUCUACCUGAGUGUUGGCUCGCCUCCUGCCACCUGUGUUAGCAAGGGAUGGCCACCAGGUUAGCCAGGAGGGAUGGAUGCAUCCUUGUGUGCGGAGAUCUUCUAGAGGGGGCUCUUCUCUCCUUGCCAGAGAUGCCUCUGCAGGUGGGAAUGGGAGAUAGGCAGGUCUUGCUGGAUGCUCCUACCCACUCUGAUGUGUCCCACAGAAGAAGCUGUGUGGCACUGCUGUUCAGUGACACUGCUGCUGUUCCAGCAGAUGCCAGUAUGGUGGGUGUUUAAAUGGAAGUAGGGAUGUACUGGCAGCUUGCUGGGAAAUCAAGAGCACUUGCUAAUUGAUGUAGAAGGGAGCACACUGCAGCCGCUUCUGUCUCAAAUGCCAGACUGUGAUCUGUGGAGACCACAUCUCCCAACAUGGGUGGUUCCUCUUAGCCGGGAUGUGGUUGGUGCCACAGACCCGUAGUCCACCAAACACAGCUCCAGCCUGAAGAUGUGAAUAGUCACUGGAUGCCUUUAGCUUGGGUGCCCCUUGCACCUAAAUUCCUUGUGCUUUAUUGUCACGCUGUCGGUGUUUGUGAAUUUUGGCACUGUGGUUGAAAGUUCCCCUACAUGGCAGGGUAGGAAAUGAUUAUCCUGUCGUAUACUCAAGAGCUGCUGCUUUGUUGGAGAGGUUUGUUGGCACAUGGGUACCAUGUGCAUUUCUUCCUGCAAGUACAGAGGGCUCAGUUGCAGAGGUUUAUGUCUUUCUCUUUGUCCUGCUCAGCUCUUCACACACUGCGUGAGAACUAACAACGUGAAGGUAAAAACAGGGGCUGUGCUCUUCAAGUGUUAGUAUCAGAGCAGAAGCUUAGUGCUCAGGUAGAACUAAAUCAGCCAACUUUUUAGCCCCAGGCUAAUGAGGAAGCCUUGAAAGUGAAGCCAGGAGGACUGAUGCAUGGUGAUCACAAAAUUAAGUAAUCACAAAAUUCUCACACCUCAUAGGGAGAAAUGCUCCAGACCCAAAUACCUGGGGCUUCACACCAUUGUCAUGCCUAAGAGAGGCUCUGCGUGAGGCAGAACAAAAAUACAGCUGCUCUGUGCACCCACUCCCACAGCUGCAGCUAGCUGCAAAUAUUCACUGUUUGCAGACAAAAAGCUUGAUAGAGGAAUAUGGACAGUGUUAAUAGUCUUGGUUCAUUUGAACGUGGAUACAGAAGUCACACUGAUGGCCACUGACCAUCAGUCGAAUCCUGAAGUUGUUCACAUCUACAGGAAAGGAAAGGAGCAUGAGAGCUGUGGCAGGGUGGCUAGGAGAACAGGCUACUCCUUGGACAGCUGAACAGCAAAAUGUCUAGGAAUGGGUGACAGGAAUUACCUCUUUACAUGACAGUCUCAGUGUUGCCUGUGCUAAGAAUUCAUCCGGCUCAGUGCUGACUGUUUCCACUGAUGUUGUUCAGGUAAGAAGCACAGCUUCUGCUCUACAAACAUGCCCUCAUCUUUGCAGAGAAGCAUGGGGAGCAUUUAGUCACACAAUAGAAGUAGGGGAAGGAGAGGAAAGUGUGACCACUUCUUCAGGUGGCACUUCAUGUCAAAUUGACUUGGGGGGAGGGUCAAGCUACCACCUAAAUAUGCCUUGUGUGUUCAGAAGCUAGAAAACAGAAUAAAGCCAAAGACAGAUUCUUUCCAGAAAUAUAAACUGUACUGGCACUUGUAUUAGUUUGUUGGGGGACUGUUCGUUUAAGAGUGCUCAGAUGGUAAGACUGGAAUGUGAAGCCUUUACCAGAUGCUCCACCCAGGUUUAGAUGCACAUGCCAAACAUGACCUUGAAAGAGCUUGGAGAGAGGGUACAGGACUAUUAACAGGGUUAGCAAACCUGCCUUAGCACAGGAGGCCAAUAAAGCACAAUCAAUGUAUUUGUUCAAAAGGAGGUUUAGAGUUUUCCGUGGCCCAGCAUCUGUUGUUGGUGUGUGGCUGCUUCCUUGCUUCACUGCAAAGAGAUCAAAUUGAAGAUAGAGCUGAGCAAAUCAGAGGAAAUGGCUAAGAAGGAUAAAGAAAACUGGGGUCAUGGAGGAUUCCCAGCACUUCCCCAUGUUUGCAGGAACUUCCUGGAACAGCCUGACACUGCUUGGUUCCCCAUCAGUGUCUGCUGCAGGGUCUGUCCUGGCAAGCUGCAGAUGGUUGCUGUGCCCAUGUGUGUUUUGAGGGGACUCCUGGGGCAGGCUGCCACCGUGCCUGCAUUUGUGUGGUGGGAACAGAUAACACUUGUUCAGGGGAGCAUACGGGUGUUGGGACCAUAAGUGUCUUUGGGACUGCUUAGUAUCAUGAGAUAAAGCAAAUGCUCUGCUGAGAGCCUUUGCUUUGCUGGGGCCUGUGAAGGUCCCAGCUCUUUGUUACCUGCCAGCUGAGAAGGUGGCAUGCUGGCUGGUAAAAACGAGUCAAGGGCUGCUGUCUGGCCAUGAGGUGCUUGCCAAGAAGCAAUGAUACAGGGAGAGGGGGCAUGCCAAGUGGUGAACCUGACAGUUCUCAGCACUGAGCCAGGGUGACAACAGGUGAUAUGAGCAGAGAGAGCAGAAGGACCGAUGGCACCAGUCAGAGUAAUGCCACGCAGGGGCUUGAACAUGAGUGGAGAUGCUUAACCCGUCAGUUUGGUUCACAGCACAAACACUUGUGCUUGUCCUGGUGCAAGAGGGGUUUGGGUAACAGACAGCUCUGAGUUAGUUGUGCUUGGAAUCUAUGAGGGGCAGGAGACUGUGCCCUUUCAAAGUAAAGAAUAUUAUAAUAUAUAUAUUAUUAUAACAAUAUAAUAUAAGUAGUGCCCUUUCUAGAUAGUGGCUAAGGGUUGAAAAGGAUUCUGCUACCUUCAAAAAAGCGCCCUGAUGCUAUGUGACUUGUGAUGUGUGCAGGACUGACUGCUGUGGGCAGUGCGUGUGGAUCAACGGGGUAACACUGCCAAAGUCCAUGUGAGCUUUGAGGCUCCACUUGCCUGGGGCAAAACAACCCAGCUUGGAUGGUGGCCAUCAGAGUUGCGGUAAGUGCUGGGCUGCCACACAUCUCUGUGUGCCAUGGACCAGGGUCUGGUGGCUGCCCUCAGUUAACACAAGCAUGGUUUUCUUGCUAGUUGAAACUCUGCAAUCCAAAGCAAGUUGUAUUGGGGCAAGAAAAGCUUUGAAGUUUCUCCUUUCCAACACAGAGGUAUUUUCUCAGGAUAGGUCCUCUGUAAGAUGGCUAAGGAUCUGUUGAUAGCCUGACCAGCUCCAGUAGCAGCUCAAUGGUCCCUUAGCACACUUCUUUCUUCUCUGUGCUGACCCGUGGCAUGACCCCACCAGUAUUCCAUGUGCACUGAUGCCCACCAAAGGCCUUUUCCAGCACAUCAAUCAACUGCAGUUUAAUCUUGAGAACACACUAAAAGUCCCAUGUGGACACAAUAAGUUUGGUAUCAAAUGAGUUUUUUCUAGCUUGACUGAAACGUUUCAUUUUAUUUCUGGAGCUGCAAAUGUCUGGACAGCAGGUUUAAAGCAUGCAUUGAUGCCCUCUGUGCUGAAAGGGAGCCACCACAGCAGAUCCAGAGGUGGGUUCCUGGUAGGGACCAAGGUGAGAACUCCUCCUCUUAGCUCCCAAAGCAGAGGGCUGCAGGGGUGAGAUCUCUCUUUGGCGAGGGUACUGCUGGGGUGGUAUCAGCAUGGGGCUGGCCAGGAGCUGCUCUGCUCUGCCCUGAGCCCAGGGGGGUCUGGCACAGGGCCUCUGGAGGAGGCAGGGGCUGGUGUUUUCUGCUGGGGCACCAGGCAGAGGCUCAGCCCAUCACUUGCAGGUGAUGGGUGUGAUGGGCUCUGCGGGAUGCGGAGCUUUAGGUGAAGUCCAGGUCCAACAGUGUGUGUGAACACAGAGUCAGCAACACUGCUGCGCCAAGGGACCUGGGCUGCUGCUGCUCCGGACAGGAAUUGGAGCUGGAAAUGCAGAUAAUUUUGUAUAUCUCCUUUUAGCAUGUGACUCUACACUCAGACAUUGUACCUGGCGCACCGAUGUUGUUUUUCUUCGCCUCUGGCACAGUCUGACAAAAUCUUUUGGCCUGGAGACAGGACUUCUGCUCCUUGGUACCGCCUGCCUGGAAGUGCGACCAGGUCCCAAGGCUAAACCUCUCUACAUAUCCUCUUUGCAUUCUUUAGGAAAGCAGCUGGAGAAUGUUUACACACUGCAGACAGAAUGUACAACUCCGAUCGAGGAACCACAAUCCGGUUCAACUGCAUGGCAAGUUCUUGGCCAUCAAAUCUGGCAUGCAUCACAGAGGCCCCGUCUGUGGACAGACCCACUGGCAUCUGUCAUCACUUCGGAUCACGUCUUGAAAAGAAAUAAACGAUGACGCCAUUUCUUGUUCAUAUCAGACACAGCUGUCAUUAGAUUUGUUAUUUCCAGGGGAUUCUUGAUCAUGCCAUUAAAAGCCUGUCUACCUUUU